AUGGGGAGGAGAAAGAAGGUUCCAGUUGGUGAAGCUGUCAAAACCAAGUACAACUUUUGGAAUGCUGCACAUGACACUCCGUUCGUUGAGUGCUUGUUGGAUCUAACAGAGAGAGGGCUGAUCACCAAUGGAAACUGCAAGAAUGGUGUGUUCCGUGAGAUCCAACGGAUGAUGGAGAAGAAAGUGCCCGGCUGUGGUCUUAAAUCAAAACCGACCAUUCAAAACAGUGCUGAUAAUGCGGUAUGGGAUGUGUUUCUAGAGCAAAACCCAACAUGUAAGACUUACAGAGACGCAUCAUUUCCUCAUUUCUUUGACCUUGCACCGGUGUUUGCCAAUGGUCGUGCCACCGGACUCUCCGGGUUUUCAGGCAAUGACCCGGAGAUCAUAACCGAAGGUGAAGACAGUGGCUCGGAGGACGAUGAAGGCCAUCCAAUUCCUCUAGAUGAGCUAGGCACUUCUGCAGCAGAACAAGAAAUGUAUGAUUUAAUAAAUCAAGGGGUAGAAGAUAAGAAUCUGAACAAGAACAAGAACAAGCAUGCAGCAAAAACCACUAUUGGUGGACAGAUUGAGAAGAAGAAGAAAAUUCAGGACGGGGGAGCUGAACUUGCGAGUGAGAUGCAGUUACUAAGGCCACUCAUCCAACAAUCCAUGGACAUAAUCGCUAAAGCGAUGGGCGAGAGCGAAGCACAUGAUAAUAUGCGGAAGGAGCUGAGGGCAAAUUUGGACAAACUAGAGGGUCUAACCAGAGUUCAAAGGGUGAUGGGAUUUAGGUAUCUGAAUGCAAAUCCGUCAGACUUAAAGAGCUUCUAUGAGAUGGAUGACGAGGACCGGCUAACCCUUGUGCUCAGUCUCCCACCACUGUAG